UGAGUUAGAGAGAAAUCCUCAAAAGAGUUAAAUGAUGACGAGAACAUAAACCUCUUAAAAAACACACAUAACACAAAGGUUGUAAAACCCAUUUAGAACCGAGAAUGAUGUCUGGAACUGGAACAUGUUGUGCACUAACCCAAAACCCCUUCUGUUAUCCCGCUCCGUCACCUUUUCUCCUCAACCGCCCACCCCCCUUCAAUUUCCAACAACACCCCCCUUUAACCGCUUUCCACCUCCCUUUGCUCAACUGCGCUUCCGUCAUUCUCGUCUCUCUGCCCUCUCCGGUGAUGGUUCCGGUGGUACUGGUGGUGACGGUGGCUCUGGAGGAUGGAAUUCCGGUGACAAUGAAGCUGAUGAUGGAGGAGGAACAUGGUCAUUCUUGUCAUGGUACAUGGCUCUUCUUGCAAAAUACCCUGUUCCCGUAAAGGCUUUAACAUCUGCAAUUCUUAACCUAAUUGGAGAUUUAAUCUGCCAGCUUGUAAUAGACAAAGUGCAGACACCAGAUUUGAAGAGGACAUUCCUCUUUUCGUUUCUCGGUCUCGUGCUAGUUGGUCCAACAUUGCAUUUCUGGUAUUUGUAUCUGAGUCAAUUGGUUACACUUCCCGGAACAUCAGGUGCAAUUUUGCGGCUUGUACUUGAUCAGUUCGUAUUUUCUCCCAUAUUCCUUGGAGUUUUCUUAUCUUCAUUGGUGACACUAGAGGGAAGGCCAUCACAAGCUGUGCCUAAGCUUAAGCAGGAGUGGUUUUCUGCUGUUCUAGCAAACUGGCAAUUAUGGAUUCCUUUUCAAUUUCUCAACUUUAGAUUUGUUCCGCAACAAUUUCAGGUCCUCGCUGCUAAUGUUGUUGCUUUGGUGUGGAAUGUUAUUCUCUCAUUUAAAGCACACAAAGAAGUUCUUCCAAAAUAGGCUUGGGAGCAGCUGCAGGAGCUGUAUUCAAGUACAGUAUGCUAUUUUUAAAUGUUACGGUACUGUAGGUGAACAUGAAAACUAGGUGUUGUAUAAACUUGCAUGUAGAAUAAUAUUACAUAUGCACUUUCGGGGAUAAAAUUCUACAUCAUUUGAGAUCAACAAAUUCAAAAGCAACAUCAUUUUUGAGAGUCAAGUUUAUAUCUGAUUAAUUUUGGUAA